CACACACACAGACACAUUGAGUGACAAAGUGGCCAACCUCUCUCUGUCUUUCUUCGUCAUCAUGAUUCAUGAUCAUCCAACAUCCUCAGCUAGCUUAAACUAAAAUUAUAAAUCCCACUAAAGGUGAAAGGUGGUUGAUAAAGAAGAAAAGCAAAUUCAUACAAGCAAGAACCAGAUUCAAAGUUGUAGAGCGAAAGAAAGAGGGUCUGUCAUAAACAACCAUUUUCGUCUUGUAAAGGUGUGUGGAAAAGAAGCAUGCGGUUGUAUAACAAGGAAAGCUGGUAGACUAAGGGGAAGCUUACCCUUCUCUUAUCUUCUCUUCUCUUCUCCGUUGCAGCUUUUCCAAGGGUCUUUGGAAGCUUGGAUGGUCUCAAUAAGUAACAAACAGGAAUGCUAGGAACAUGGGAAAGAAAGGGAGUUGGUUUUCUGCCAUAAAGAGGGUUUUUUCACCACACUCCAAGGACAAGGUAGUCAAUGGUUUGGAGAAGAAAAGUGGAAAAGAAAAGAAGAAGGGAAAACUAAAAAAUGGAGAAACCAAUUCAUUCAUUCCCCUGUUCAGAGAACCGAGCAGCAUUGAGAAAAUUUUUGGGGAUUUUGAAAGGGAGCAACAUAUAAUACCUUUCAGACCUCCUAUACCUGAUGAGCAACGACAAUCACCACCUUCAGUUCUUCUGAGAGUUGCUUCUCCAAGGGCUCCUUCUCCAAGGGCAGCUUCUCCAAGGGUUGGUUCUCCAAGAGCCCCUUCUCCAAGGCCUCCUUCUCCAAGACCGCCCUCUCCAAAACCGCUCUCUCCAAGAGCUCCGUCUCCUAAGAUCGUUCAUCACCAUAAGGAGAUCAGCUACAGGCCGGAACCAACUCUAAGGAACCACCAUGCUUCUGCUACUAAAAUCCAGGCAGCCUAUAGAGGUUAUACGGCAAGGAGAAGCUUUAGAGCUCUAAAGGGUCUAGUGAGGCUUCAAGGAGUGGUUAAGGGGCAGAAUGUGAAGCGUCAAACAGCCAAUGCCAUGAAAUACAUGCAACUCUUGGUGCGGGUUCAAUCUCAGAUUCAGUCACGAAGGAUCCAGAUGUUAGAGAGCCAAGCAAGACGUCAAGUUCAAUACAUGAAUGACAAGGAUGUUGAGAACACAUUUGGUAAAUGGACCUUGAGCCAGGCAUCUGAGAUGGGAAAUAAUGAUGACUGGGAUGAUAGCUUGCUAACAAAAGAGGAAGUAGAGGCGAGGAUGCAGAAAAAGGUUGAAGCUGUCAUCAAAAGAGAAAGAGCAAUGGCUUAUGCAUAUUCCCAUCAGUUGUGGAAAGCUACACCUAAAUCAGGUCAAACACCUCUAGCUGAUAUCCGAUCCGGGGGUUUUCCGUGGUGGUGGAACUGGUUGGAACGUCAACUCCCUCCAAAAGAGCCUCCUGUUGAGACCAAUGCAAUGAAGACCUUUCAACCUACUCCUUCAAGACAACGUUCGGAGCUAAAGCAGAGCCCUUUGCCCCAAUCAAGCAACCAAAGGCAACAUCUUUUUGCAUAUGAUAGCAAUCUGGACACACCGAAAUCCUCAAAAUCAACCAUAAACCUCACAACACUAAAACAAGCACGAACACCGCCUCCCUUUAAUAUGAGUACUCCACAAGCAAACAGCUCUGGUCUAUCAAAGUACGCAAGAGCAACAGCAGGUGGAUCUGACUCCCCUUUCGGAUUCCCACUAAAGGAUGAUGAUAGCCUUAUAAGCUGCCCUCCGUUCUCAGUUCCUAACUACAUGGCGCCGACGGCUUCAGCCAAAGCCAAAGCCAGAGCUAGUAGUAAUCCAAGGGAGAGGUUUAUUGGGACUCCAAGCAACGAAUCAAAGAGAAGGCUCUCUUUUCCUUUGACUCAAGGUAUUGGGUCUUUCAAGUGGAAGAAAGGUUCUUUUUUCUCUAAUAAUAAGGAUUCUAGCUCUCAAAGGAAUUUAGAUAAGAACCAGUCUCUGCAAUCUAUAGAAAAUAUGAGUAUAGAUUCGACGGUUUCUAUGCCUGCAGGAGUCGGAAGGAGGCCAUUUAACAGAUUUGUGUGAUUAACUUGUUUUGUUUGUUUGUAACCCUCCUUAUACCCCCAUUUGGUGUUUCUUUGUACGUGUGGUUGGUGAUAGAUUGAGUCUCAAGUUACUGGUGUAAAAUAAUAAUAAAGAAAAGUAUAGGAAAUGAUGAUCUGGAAUUUCUUUUUUUGCUUCUUAUUUUCUCUAAGAUUUGGGUUUUGGCAAAGUAUUUUGAAAAUUGUUCCUUUUGGUUUGCCAAUCAAGCUUUGCUUUGAUGUGCUGUAUAACAAUGGACAAAUUUCUAGAAUUUAUUUUCACCAUGUUUUGAGGUAUUAAAUUUCCGGACGAUCAUUAUCAUCC